AUGUCAGUGGAAAUACGACUGCACCGGCCGCGGCCACACCGGAGCGGCACAGGGUCCCGCGCUCGCCCAACUUCCUCGCGCUCUGCGGCCCCUCCUAGGCCCGCUGCCUCAGCUGCCGGCCGCCGUGGCCCUCGCCGCCCGGAAAAGCGCGGGCUCGGGCGGCCGCCGAGGAACCCUGCGCUGCGCGGGCUGCGGCUGCUCUGCCGGUGGCUGCCGAGGGGCCGUGGGGCCGUCCCGCCGUCAGCGCCGCCGUCCGAGCUGCAGGCGCAGCUCUCGGGAGUGGAGCCGCUGCUGGAGGAGUUCCGCCGGCUGCUGCAGCAGGAGCGGCCGCAGGAGGAGCGGGAGCGGGAGCUGCGCGCGGGCGUCUGGCUCCGGGAGGAGGGCUGCCCGGGCCGGGGCGGCGGCGGCUACAGCGCCACUCCAGACGCCAUCAUCCGCACCAAGGACUCCCCGGCGUCCGGCGCCCGCUUCCUGAGCCCGCCGGCAACCGUGGGGGACUGGCGGCCGUGCGCGGGCUGCUGCUCGGAGCCGCGCUGCUCGGUGACGGUGGUGGAGCUGCCCCGGCGGCCCGCGUCGCCCGCCGCCGCCGCGCUUGGCUGCUGCCUCUUCAACUGCACCGCACGUGGCCGCAGCGUCUGCAAGUUCGCGCUGCACCGGGGCUAUAGCAGCUGCAGCCUCUGCCGCGCUUUUACCGCCGGCGGGGAGACCGGGGAGCCUCACCGCACAGGGGUGAGAACUCCGCUGGAGGAGGCCGGGCCAGACCUCCAGGUCCUGCUGCCCUGGCACCUGUUGAGUGGCGCCCAGGAGGAGACCACUUGGGCAGUACACUUUGGCAGUAGAGCCAAGUGAGAGAUGAAGCAUCCUCCUUUCAAGGGAUUUUUAGUUCGGGGCCAU